AUGGCUCUAAAUAGGCUAUUCGCAGGUCUAACUAUAGCAUUAACUCCCAGUGUAAUUGGAAGGAGAGGUAUUCAAGUUGCUGCAGUUAACUAUGCUAGUAAACCUAAUUUGGUUAAACCAAAACCUGGAUUUGGUAAAAGUUAUAGAAGAAUAGUACAUUUUCCUGAAGAUUACACUGUUAAACCCUUAGAAGUCACUAACCUAGCAGGCCGAGAUCCCGUCUCAGGAAGAGUUGUUGCCAAGGGUAUUGGUGGAGGCAUUAAGCAUAAAUAUCACUGGAUUAACUGGAUUAGAGACGGUCCUUCAGAAGGUCCUCCACAGGAAGAGAAAGUUAUUCAGGUAUUAGAAUGUGGUUGUAGAACUGCUGAUGUAGCAUUAGUGGCAGUUGGUGAUAAAUUGAAAUAUAUUCUUGCAACAGAGAAUAUGAAAGCUGGAGACAUAAUCAGAUCUUCUCGUCAUCUACCAAGGAUACCAGUAAGAGCAAAUGAAGGUGAUGCAUAUGUAUUAGGAGCACUUCCAACUGGUACAAUUGUUCAUUGUAUUGAAAAGGAACCAGGCAUGGGUGGACUUUAUAUACAUGCAGCAGGAACAUUUGGCACGAUUCUGAGGAAACAAGAUGAUAGAGUGAUAGUUCAAAUGCCAUCAAAGAGACUAUUUAGUUUUGAUCAACACUGUAUGGCCGUAGUUGGACGACUCUCAAAUAUAGAACAUGGUAGUACACCAAUUGGAUCUCCUCAAAGAAACAGGUGGCUUGGAAACCGACCAAGAUCAGGUCUGUGGAAGAGGAAAGAUGGCAGACACGGUAGAAAGAUUAAACCACCAAAACCAGUGAAGGAAAUACGUCAUCCCACGAAGUUCCCAUUGCCAGCUAUACAAAUGUCUAUGCAUCCU